AUGAGCCCACACACACACACACACGAGUCGACAGUUAGCCAUGGCAGUGCACACAGAGAAGCAAAAUUAGGAUUGGUCACCAAACACAUAAAACAUUUUCCUGAUUUCCCAAGCAAAUUAAUACUUUUCAGAGACAUCUGUCCAAUUCUCAAAGACCCAGGUGCACUGACCGCAGUCAUCAAUCUUUUUGAGGAACAUGUGAGGCAGACGCAUCCCCAAGUAGCACUGAUUGUUGGUCUGGAUGCCUGGGGGUUUCUCUUCGGACCCCUUCUAGCCCAGAGGUUAGGAGUGGGAUUUGUGCUGAUCCGGAAGAAGGGAAAGCUCCCAGGGCCUACAGUUUCUGUGGCAUACACACUGGAGUAUGGAAAGGCCUAGGUUGAGAUCCAGGAGGAUGCAGUGGCUCCAGGACAGAAAGUGCUUCUCAUCAAUGAUCUACUAGCCACUGGUGGAACCCUGUAUGCUGCCUGUGAGCUCAUGAAGAAGCAGAAUGCAGAGGUAAUGGGCUGCAUGGUGGUCAUUGAGCUCAAAGAGCUCAACAGGGUUGAAAAGCUGAAGCCAAAUACCCUGUUCUCCCUGGUGCAGUAUUGAGGUCAAAACAAUUCCAAGUGUUCCCCUCAGUAUAGUUUAGAACACACUACUU